UGGAAAUGCUAUCUGGAGUAUAACUCAAACAACAGCAUAAAAAGUGUAGUAUUGAAGUGAACAUCGUUUACUUUUUGGUUACGAAAAAAUUAAAUUUUUGCAAGCAUUACGUUUUGUAUAAACUGUACAAAUACAGAAUAUGGAAAACUUCACAAAUAAACGCAGGGUUGAUAACGACAUAAUGCAACUGGUACAGUACAAUCCCGAUGUUAAUAUUAUCAAUAUACAUGAAUUGGAGGUGAAAUUUAGAGGACCAUGUGAUUCAUUGUACGAAAACGGAGUAUGGAAAGUUCGGGUUAUUAUACCAAGAAACUAUCCAUAUGAAGCACCGACAGUAAUAUUCAAGAACCGAAUAAUGCAUCCAAACAUAAAAGAGCAAUCAGGUGCAAUCUGUAUGAAUGUACUAUAUGAGGCGUGGACGCCGCUUUAUACUUUGAGAACCAUAUUUGAAAUGUUCCUGCCUGAGCUGCUGAGAGAUCCAAAUGUAAAUGAUCCUUUAAAUCUCAAUGCAGCCAGUUUAUACAAAACAAACAAGGAACAAUACGAUGCGCGGGUUAGACAGUACGUGAUUCGUUACGCAACAGAGCAACAAGUUAUAACGUGUAACGGUUCAGAAUCCGACUCUGAAUUAAGUGAUAAUAGUAGUAGUGAUAUCGAGCUCCCUCGCGUAUCUACUGGUGGCGCUAGUGAAAAUCAGGCGAAUGCAGAAAAUAUUACUCAAAGUACAGAGAUGGAAGUACAAAAUACCACUGGUAAUAUUCAUUCUCUUGCUUCCAAUGUAGAUGGUGAUGUCUAUGUUGGUGGUUCGGUUCCAUUGCAGUCUUCAUCGCUGAUAGAGGAAACUACAAAUGAUGUUUUUACAGCAGUUGAAUCUGUCAUGUCAAUGGUAGAGGAUGUUAAUGGCUUACUUCAGUUGGAGGAUAUACUAGAACUAGACGAAAACAUAAACGAUAAUGAAUUACUAGUUAGUUUGGAGAAUGUUGAACAGAUUGCUGGAGAGGUUGCUUCGAUGCAAGCUGUUAUUAAUGCAGUUCAAUUGGAGGAUAUCCCGGAAGAAGACGAACAUGGCAGUGAUGAUUCUGAGCAAGAGUUUAUAUCUGUCAUAGAGGUUGAUGAAGAUCAGUUGGAAACUGAUGAAGAAACAGCUAUUGAUGAUCCUGUAGGAGAUAAUGAACGUCUAGACCCUCAUAAUUAA